GCCACCGCACUGACUCGCAUCCAUGAAAUGAUGCAAUUAAGGUUCCCACUGGGGCGCAAUCUGUCAUGUAAACACAGAACGGGGUUGCAGGCAGGGAAGAUCGACCCAGAGAGACAGGUAGGUAGGAAGGAGACAGGUCGGGGAUGGGAGGCGAGAGACGGAGGAGGAGAGAGGGCUAGAAAGGGGGGAGGAAGAGAAGGGAGGGAAGGAGUGGUGCGAUGCGUACCCUCUUUGCUGCAGUGGGGCCGUACAUUUUAACUGAGACGAACAUGUCAGCUCACACACUGCUGGAGGAAGACAAGGGAGGAGGAGCGAGACUCCCCUCCAGGUGCACUGUGUGUGUACCUGUCAAAUAAGACACAUCUCUGUCUGUCUGUCUGUCUGCUUCCUCCCUCUGUCUGUCUGUCUGUCUGAUUCCUCCCUCUGUUUGUCUGUCUGUCUGCUCCCUCCCCUCCCUCCCCCUCCCUCCCUCCCUCCCUCCCUCCCUCCCUCCCUCCCUCCCUCCCUCCCUCCCUCCCUCCCUCCCUCCCUCCCUCCCUCCCUCUGUCUGUCUGUCUUUCUGUCUGCUUCCUUCCUCCCUCCGUAUGUCUGUCUGUCUGCUCCCUCCCUCCCUCCCUCCCUCCCUCCCUCCCUCCCUCCCUCCCUCCCUCCCUCCCUCCCUCCCUCCCUCCCUCCCUCCCUCCCUCCCUCCCUCCCUCCCUCCUCCCUCCCUCUGUCUGUCUGCUUCCUCCCUCUGUAUGUCUGUCUGUCUGCUUCCUCCCUCCCCUCCCUCCCUCUGUCUGUCUGUCUGACUGCUCCCUCCCCCCCCUCCCUCCCUCCCUCCCUCGCUCCCUCCCUCCCUCCCUCCCUCCCUCUGUCUGUCUGCUUCCUCCCUCUGUAUGUCUGUCUGUCUGCUUCCUCCCUCCCCUCCCUCGCUCUGUCUGUCUGUCUGACUGCUCCCUCCCCCCCUCCCUCCCUCCAUCCCUCCCUCUGUCUGUCUGUCUGCUUCCUCCCUCUGUGUGUCUGUCUGUCUGCUUCCUCCCUCCCUCCCUCUGUCUGUCUGUCUGUCUGCUUCCUCCCUCAGUCUGUCUGUCUGUGAUUCUCAGCAGAGCUAGGUAAACAACUGCUGUGGGUCGGAAUGGACCACCUAGGUACAAGUUUCCACGUUGAGGUAGGCUUUUCAAACGAAUGCGGAGAAAUUUUCCCAAACACAUUCAAAAGAGUUAUGCAAAUGGAUUAGGAGGGUGCUGGCGUGGCGCAUUGUUAUAUUAAUCUGUAUACACUGCGUCUGGUGUUGGCACGGUGCUGUGUUUGCCUUAUUCUGUUAAUCUGCCCGUCUCAUCGGAGCUUACAUCACUGAGAGUCAACACUACUCCACCCACCCCAGCCCCACCACUAACACUGGAGCCCUGGGGUCAAGCGGACAGAGAUGUGUGUGUGUGUGUGUGUGUGGGAGAGGAGGGUGUGUGUGUGUGUAUGUGUGUGUAUGUGUGUGUGUGUUCACCUCAGUGAAACACACACACACACCAGAGAUGGGUUAGCAGGUUGAAGAGUCAUGUCCACUCCCUGACCACCCUAACAGGACAACGUCCCUCUGUGUAUACUCCGUAUAGUUCAUUUCCCCUCACAAAAGAAGCUCAAGGCAUUGGUUGCCAGACGUAAAGAGCAAACCCCCCUCUCCGCCUUCCUUUUCCAAGCGCUCUGCCUGUCUCAUACAUAUUUGCUGUUCAAACAGCGGCGACUAAGCUUGACUCUGCUCCAGAGCUCCCCGUCCAAAGAGAACGGGAGAAAGAUAACAAAGUACAGGUGGUGUUCUAUGCUACCAAAGAUGUGGUUUUCCUCCUGUGUUCUGGCUGGCAGCUUGGGUGUAUCGUUGAAGGGGAGGCAACAGCAUCAACCAUCCAUCUGUCAUUCGUCCAUCUGUCCCUCAGUCCUGACACGUGGACGUUCCUCCUCUUCUUCUUGCAUUAUAAUAGCAGCGGAUCAUAGGGAUACUCUGUGGUUCUGACUCAUGGUGUUAACCAUCGAUCCCUGUGUCAUCCUCUGUCAUGAAGCUAGAGUGUGGAGACGGUUUAGAUCUUUUUUUUAAAACGACAUGUAAAAAAUACUUUUAAAAAGGCGUUCGUGAUCUAACACCCGCACUUGACUCUUUCCGCCUUACUAGCUCUGACCUUUCUGAUAGCUACUUUGAGGAAAAAUGAACUUUGACUGUGAUAUGUGGAUGUCCUACCUAGCUAUCUUAAGGUGAAUGCACUAACUGUAAGUCGCUCAGGAUAAGUGCGUCUGCUAAAUGACCAUUUUUAUUUUAUUUUUAUCUAGUGACUUCCUGUUCUCAACAGCAAUAGUAUAUUCCUGCAGUAUGGCUGCAGUGGUAUUGCCUCUCUGGCUUCCUCUGACAUGGUGGUGUAGAAAGGAGGAAGAGGAAAGAGAGAGUGUGUGUGUGUGUGUGUGCGUGUGUGUGUGUGUGUGGUAUUUAUGAGUCUCCUGUCAUGCUGAAUUGCAGCAGCGAAUGGCUGCUCCCGGUGGCCUAGACACACAUACAGCCAUGUCCUCAGUGGAAAGAAAACCCUGGUCCAGCCAUUCAGUCAGUCCACCAUUCCAACCUCCCAGCAUCACCUCUGAUGCAUCACUGUAUGCUCCAAAUGAAUUAAUUAUAAAUCAAAAACUCAUUAACAACAUUCUAGAAACUGAAUAUUCCAGAAAGAACCCUGUCACACACAGUCUCUCCGUACUCAAACAUUCAUUCUUCCCAUGACUCCUUUCCAUCACAUCAAUGUUAUGUAAAGGCCCAUUCUGGUGGAGCCGUUUCCUCUGCCCUGUUUUACAUGGGUAAGUGUUCUGCUGCUAUGACACCACUGCUGCCUCCUCUAUAGCUAAAGGACUAAUCCUUGGUUACAGAUGUAGGAUCUUAAUUUGAGCCAGUUUGCUACAGCAGGAAAAUAAUCCUGCAGCAACAGGAAAUGUGGAUUAUAAUACAUUUUGUGUAGGGGUUGAUACCUUUUUCAUUAGGGCAUUUCAAGUCUGACAUUUAAAUCUAGAAUACACUACAAGUUUGCAUUUCCUUCUGUGCAGGAAAAAUCUCAGCAACAAAAGAGUGAUCAAAUAAAAGGUACAGAAACAGCCUGUGGUGGUGUUGUGAUGUGUUGUGUUGUGUGCAUCUCUACUCUAAUCUCUCCCAAAGCUCUGUGUCCAAUGGCUGUUCUCUGUUCUAUUCUCCCUGCCGUCCCCGCUGUCUCUCUGUACACCAUGUCCUUCCAGUCUGAAUGAAGCCAAAAGGAAACGGUGGCAUGGUUGGAGAGAACAUAGAAUUAAAUGGACAGGUUGGGAAGAAUGAGGGAGGAGGAGGAGGUAGAGAGAGGCUCCCCUAGCGCAACCUGGUCUCAGAGCAUUUUGUAUUAUUAUGUACGUAAAUCCAAGACACUAAAUUUAGUAUGAUACUGUAUGUUACGUUUUGUAUGGCAAGUAUUAAUUUGUGAAUGUCCAUCAUCCAUUUCGUAUGUAAUGUUACAAAUUAUAAUUUGUAUGAUAUGGUAAGAAUUGCCAUUCAUACAAUAUGUUACAAAUUUGAAUUCAAAUUCACAAAACAUACAAUAUGUUACAAAUUGUUAAACGUAGGAUAUGUUAGGAAUUCCAUUUUGUUAUUAGAAAACUUUAGUUAGGCUAAGUGGCCAACGCUACCUUUAGCUAGCUGGCUAACGUUAGCUAGGCUAGGGGUUAGGGUUAGAGGUUAGGAUUAAGUUUAGGGUUAAGGUUAGAAGUUAGGUUAAAGGGUUAAGGUUAGGGUUAGGGGAAGGAUUAGCUAAAAGGGUUAAGGUUAGGGGAAGGGUUACCUAACAUGCUAAGUAGUUUCAAAGUAGCUAAAAAGUAGGUGCAAAGUUUCUAAUAAGCUAAAAUACUAAAGUUGUCCGUGAUGAUAUUCGAACACACAACCCUUGGGUUGCUAUACGUUCACUAUAUAUACGCCCACCCAACCACCCUCUUUUAAUUUUUGCCUUAAGUAACCUUCUGUCUUAUGUAACCAUAUAAACAUCACAUAUCAUACUAAUUUGAGUGUCCCAGAUGUACAUUUACUAUGCUACGUCUAGUCUAUGAGACUAGGCUGCCAAGCGAGGCAUUCCUUCAUGGCAUAUUGGAGCUUUCUGUACAGGUGUGUUUUAGUGGCGCGCGAGUCAGCUGUUUGUUCACCCGCACCCGCCAGAAAUUGCUAUAAUAACCCAUCUGCAACCGCCCGACUGUAUAUGAUAAAGUUUUUUUUUUUCUUUGCCUGAUUUAGAUAUGUUUCUGCUUAUAGGCUAAUUUGUAAGUCAACUUGUCGAUAAUUAGAUACAUGCAGCUUAUCAUUAGCCUAUAUGUUGCCCUAAAAUCAGCUUUUAUGAUGCAGAUAGCACCUCUACAGAUCGUACAGUAUCUAACUGCGCAUUCACAUUCUCUCAAGAUGCUAAAAGAAAGAAAUCAUAUUUCUCCACUCCUGUUUCUAAGUCAAAAUUUAACAUACAUUUGGUGUAUCAUUUUAUGGCAAUAAUUGCUUAAUUCUGCAGGAGUUAAUACUACGGCUACGUGAACAGUAUUCUAAGUCCCCAUCUUUUGACUGUCGAAUUUGUAUAUAGCCUCACAACAUAGCCGGCACUGCUAUCAUGCUCUUUUACCACGUCACCAAACCUUUCCCAAACAUUACUUUUCUGGCCCUUCCUUCUCUUUAUUUAAACUCUCCAUUUCGCUGUUUUUCUCUUAUUGAAUUAAACUCGGACAUUGUCCUUUUUGCCUCAGUGGAUCGAAGAUAACUUUUUCUGCCUGUUCUCAAAAGCGUUUGGUGAUUGGCUGUAGGCUAUUUGGCGCGCAUAAAGUUAGGUCCUAAAGCUUAGUCUUAUGCACCAAUGCCAGAUAGACAAAAAUAAUACAAGAAAAACCUAAAUGUAGCCUAUAGAUAUAAAUUGCACAAGAAUUAUACAUUUAUGGAUUUUUUAAAGGUAUUGUUUUCUCUUUAUUCAACCCACUCUUCAUCCACACAAUAUUUCAUUACCCUAAACCAACCCCCCUCCCUGCAGGUUAUGAGUCACCCCCCAUCACUAGUGCGUGUAUGUGUGUGUGUAUGCAUGCAUGCAUGCGUUUGUAGUUCUAUGCAUGUAUGUGUGUGUGUCCACCAUAAGGGAGCUAAAGUUAGAAACAGACUGGGUGGGUUGAGUCAGAGUCGGUCAUUGAACCCACAUCCAUCCAGUGACCAGACCACAUAGUGAUGGAUGGAGUGAUACUUCAGACUUCCCCCUCUUUCCCCACUCCUCCCGUUUAGCUGGGGAUCUGUCAUUCAGUCCAUUCUGUCCAAUGUCCCCUCCCCCCUCCCUCCCUGCUGCUCUCAUCAGGCCCUCGCAGGUGUCCCUCCCAUCUGGUGACCUCACCCCUGACCCUUGACCUAUGCCCUCUCACACCUGGGAGACUCCUCCCACUGCUGCACGCCCUAUGAACUCUGACCCCAGCCUGUUGUCACUCUGCCUGGCUUCCUGCUAAACACAUUAAGACCUAGUCUCGGAGCUGGUUGGUACCGGAACUUUCUCUGUGUUCUUCAAUAAAGAGUCAGAGGGUUGAUUCUGAUUGGAAUGUUGCUUAGGUUCUAUUGGUAGAGGCCGGUAGAGAACAAGGAGUUGAAAGCAAGUUACUAUUUUUUACUCCUGACUGUGCUCAUCUGGGCUCAUAUUCAUAAAUUGUCUCAGAGUAGGAGUGCUGAUCUAGGAUCAGUGUUGCCUUUUAGAUCAAAAUGCAUAAGAUUAAAUGGACAGGGAAAACCUGAUCCUAGAUCAGCACUCUGAGAUGCUUUAUGAAUAUGGGCCCUAGCCUAUAGGAGACAGUGCUACGAGAAAAAAAAGGGGGUUGUCUAUCUUCCUGAAGCAGACAGAAGGUGGCAGUCCUCCCUCACAGCUCUGGUUGACUGAACUACGCUGACACUACGCUGACACACUACCAUCACUGCUGCUUCAGGUGUCUUAGACCAACCACACACUGUCACGACCAUCACUGCUGCUUCAGGUGUCUUAGACCAACCUCACACUGUCACUACCAUCACUUCUGCUUCAACACUAGACCAACACUGUCACUACCAUCACUUCUGCUUCAACACUAGACCAACACUGUCACUACCAUCACUGCUUCUUCAACACUAGACCAACACUGUCACUACCACCAAUGCUGCUUCAACACUAGACCAACACUGUCACUACCAUCACUGCUGCUUCAACACUAGACCAACACUGUCACUACCAUCACUGCUGCUUUGGGUGUCUUAGACCAACACUGUCACUACCAUCACUGCUCCUUCAACACUAGACCAACACUGUCACUACCACUAAUGCUGCUUCAACACUAGACCAACACUGUCACUACCAUCACUGCUGCUUCAACACUAGACCAACACUGUCACUACCAUCACUGCUUCUUCAACACUAGACCAACACUGUCACUACCAUCACUGCUUCUUCAACACUAGACCAACACUGUCACUACCAUCACUGCUGCUUCAGGUGACUAAAUGGUUGGAGUAUAAUAAUAAUAAUAAUUUGGUGGGUGCUUAUAUUUGUCGUGUUUCACACAUGUACAAAUGUGUAUUUAUACGCACGUGUGAAUUGGAAAUGGGUUUUAUGCAUAUCCCAACUCCACCUGAGACACCCUGGGAGAGUGGGGUCUCCAUGGUGGAGUGGUGGAGUUGUGGGCUCCAUUCCCACAUGGAACAAAUACUGAAUAUGUGUGUUCAGUCACUAUUCCAACAGUUUUGAUUUGAUUUGUUGCACAUUAAAUUCCAACACUGUUUGUUGUUGUUUCAGCCUGCCUGGUGCCUGUUUUGACAGUUGCCGGUUUAAAGGUUUAAAUGCCAUGCACGGUUGCUUCAACCCUGAAGGCUUUGGUGCAUCUGAUAGAAGGGUUUAAUAUACUGUUAAAGGCUCUUCAUUUGAUCCAGUUGGGUGGCCCCACUUUUCCCUUUACACCUAUAUGACGCUACUGAUCUACUCUAUUGUCUAUUGAUUCUAUACCUGAGGUCUGAGUUAUGGAGAACUGUCUGUAUGGUUGAUCUACUCUAAUGUGUAUUCUAUAGGGACUGCGUUAUGGAGAACUGUCUGUAUGAAUGAUCUACUCUUAUGGAAAACUGUCUGUAUGGCUGAUCUACUCUAUCUGCUUCUAUACCUGGCUUCUGAGCCAUGGUGAGAACUGUCUGUCUGUAUGGAUGAUUUAUUCUACUCUAUCCGUUUCUAUACCUUAUGUCUGAGCUAGGGUGCACUGUCUGGCUGUAUGGCUGAUCUACUCUAUAUGUAGCUAUACAUGGCGUCUGUAAGGCUGAGACUGCCCCCCAGGUUGAGGAGACAGACCACCACUGCACUGUAUAGCUAUGAUGUUGUGGGAGAGGAGGACUUGAUGAUUUGAUGUACUUUGGGGAGCUGCAAAUGAACCAUUCCCACAAAAAUGUAUGUGGGCAUAAUCGAGGGUAGAACAAUCUCCUCCAGUGCAUCACUGCACUUCAAGUACCCCAGGGCUUUUAAAGCAAACAGGGUGAGAGAGAAAAAGAGGGAGGAAGAAGAGAGAGAUGAGGGAGAGAGAGAGAAAGAAAGAUAAUUAUACCAUACAAAAGAAAACCACAGAGCAUUGAAGAGAAAGUGGGAAAAAGAUAGAAAGAGAGCAAGAGAGAGAGGGAAAAGGGGAGCGAUAGACAGAGAAUGCCACACACUGCGCUAUCCACACACAUAGCCUUCGUCCCUCCCUCCCUCUCCUCCUCCUGUUCACCAUGGUCACUAACUACACUUCUCUUUUUUUCUUCCCUUCUUUCUUUUCCAGGCAGGAUUGUGUUUAAUUGUAUCAUAAGGACGAAUGAGCUCUGAGGCUCGCCUGGGAUUUUACUGUAUGGUUUCUUCUACCUCGCGUGGUGAUGCGCAGCGGUGCACUUGACAAAAAACACACUGUGCGUGUGCAUGUGCGUGUCUAGAAAGAGAGCAGUCCACCCCCACCACUACCCCCGAUGCCAAAUUAUUUAAUCACUGUGAUUGGUUAGAUGUUGGAGGUUGGAUGCCAUGUGUGGUUGCGGAGGUUUAAAUGCCUCACAUGUGUGGUUCCCUGUACAGUGCGUGGUGGAUGGUGGCUCUGCAGUAUGGUCAGAGGAAACCUGGGGCUGUCUAUCUACCACAGGGGGGUUGGAGAGCGCUGCCAAAUAUGUGCCAUUUACAGUAAGUCUUUACUUGUUUUGGGGUCGAACAAAUUGCAGUGUUGAUUUGGAGCAGGGGAGCUUGUUCCCUCUCAGGAUAAACAAGCGUGAUGUAAUGCAGGCCUACAUAGGGAUGCAAUCAACUCGGUGUUUUGAAAUAAAUACAUCCAACUUUCGUCCUUAUCAGAGGAAGCAAUAGGAAAAGCAUGACUUUGCAUUGCCCAUUGAAGUAAUCUCCCAAAUCAAUUCACAGCUUGUUUCGCUUUAACUGUCCUAUAUGGUGCCUUGUGUGAUCACUAUUUGUUUCAUUCAGCCCACCAUGCAGGAGAUUAACCAUGAUCUCUGCCUCUGAGUCUAAUAGAACUGAUUGCUCACUGAUCAUGCCUGGAAAUAGUUCACGGUUUAGCGUGUUACUUCAAAGGCAUUGGUUCUGCCGUUGCCACUGGUGAUUCCCGCGCUUAUUAUCACAAAAUGGGCCUAUAAACUCUGAUUCCCAUAAGAAAUACAUCUUUCUUACAUGAGAGAGACAGAUACACCUUUCUUACAUGAGAGAGACAGACGGUGGGAGAGACCUUUGGUCCAGAGUCAGUCACGUCCUCAUGUGGGCGUUAAUCCGACAAUAUUCAAACUACAUUUGUGUGGAUAAAAACUGAUUUUCUGUCUGUGUAUUUAUUAUUUCAAUGUGAUAUUGAAAGUUGUCCAUCUCUCUCUCUCUCUCUCUCUCUCUCUCUCUCUCUCUCUCUCUCUCUCUCUCUCUCUCUCUCUCUCGCCCGCCAGGUAACCUGUCCCACCUAUUGGACAAAAUUCCCAAAGUUCCUUGACACUCAAUCAUAAAAUUAACUAGGAGGUGACCUCGCCUUCCUCCAGACUCAAGGCGGGAGACAUGCUGGCACAAUAACGUGUCUCUGAAAUGCGCUGAUCACAAAAUAAGGAAAAUAAUAUGUAGCUGUUUUAUGAGCUGACAAUUACCUUCGUGAUAUGAUGGUAUUUGCUGUUGUCAGCGCGCAUCCGGUGCGCCAGCGGGUGCUGGUGAUCACCAUGCGUUUUAUUGCGUUCUCCAUGGCUUUUCAACCGGACAGGAACAGGUAUGAAACAACUAUAAUUUGCAGUUGCCGCUAAGGAAAUUCUAUGCAGGGUGAUGAUGCAGGCUAAAUCGCAUUAUUUAUUUACUGAUCAUGAUUGUAGGUUAUUUUAUCUCAUGACACCUGACUAUCCAGUUGUAGAGACUUUUCUUUACUGUUCUAGUACUUCCCGUUCCUAUAUUCUAAAGUCUGUGAAUUGUUAGACCCACUUGGUUUGGGAGUAAUCACUCAAUAGUCUCCUUUUCCUAGCCUUAUUAUGCACCACUUUGGUGUGGAGGUAUGCACCCCUCAAAAUGACUGCCUCUGGCAUUUUGGACUGAAGAUUGUAGGAAAGGUUUACCAUCAGCUACACAGUAAAUGGUAUCCAAUCUCCCCUGCAGUUUUGUUUAUUUCCCUCUUUUUAAUGAAACAGCAAUUAUUGCCAUUUGGAAUACAGUAUGUGUGUGUCAAGGCAUCUCUCCACUGCAUGUGAAUCUAGAAGGUGUUUCAUAAGUAGUUACAACAGCUCCAAAUGAGUUCCAGUCAUAGAAAUAUAAUUACAUUAAUACUGAUUCUAUGGUUCCAGUGUGUUCCAGAGUUCUGGUGUAUUUACUACAAUGCUUUAUAAUAGUGACUCCUUAUUAAUAUGUUGUUACCAAUUGAUUAUAGAUCCUCUUCCACAAGCCUCUGCACUCCCAAUUAGACUUAUAUAUACAGUAUAUAUAUAUAUAUAUAUAUAUAUAUAUAUAUAUAUAUAUAUAAAUAUAUAUAUAUAUAUUAGUCAUCCUGUUGAGGAGAGAAACUGUGUAGCAACACCAAUAAGGCAUUGAUGACAGCAACUAUAGACAAGGUAGUGCAGAAACCUUGGGGUCUUUCUUAAUUGUGGUUGAUGAACCAUUAACCCACUCCUCCCCUUCAUCCACCCCUCCAUCCAUCCACCUAUCCAUCUCUCCUCCAUCCACCCCUCCAUCUAUCAAUCCAGGACAGUGAGGGACGUGUCUGGGCGUCUCGGUGGGCCGUCAGGGUCCGUGGGGCUCUGCACCUUCGGCCCGUCUACAGCCUGCUGUUUAGGCUGGAGGAAUGUCAACGGUGUCUGCCAGCGUAAGUCAGCGGCCACUGGGCAAGUCAUCCAGAAACCACAACAAUACACCAGCUGAGGUUAUCAGAUGUGUUUAUCUGUUCUCUCUGACUAUCCAGCUGUGUGUAAGAAGCCCUGCAGGAAUGGAGUCUGUGUGGAUCCAGACAAGUGCUCCUGCUCUGUGGGAUACAAGGGCCAGCAAUGUGACCAAGGUGGAGAUUUCUGACUCUAUAUGAUUCAUGCAUUUUGAUUUCAGAUUCUGUAUGAUUCAUGCAUGUUGAUUCCAGAUACUGUAUGGUUCAAACAUGUUGAUUCCAGAUACUGUGCGAUUAAUACGUGUUGAUUCCUGGUUGUUGAUUCCAGAUAUUAUGAUUGAUUCAUGCAUGUUGAUUACUGAUUGUUCAUUCCAGACUCUGUGAUUCAUGCAUGCUGAUCCUGAUAUGAUUCCUGAUUGAUUGUUGUUGGUUGUUGAUUCCAGAUGUGAAUGAGUGUGGUCUCCCAGAGCGACCGUGCUCGAACAGCUGUAUGAACACCCAGGGUAGUUACCGGUGUUACUGCGACCCUGGAUACACCCUCAUGACAGACGGAUCAACCUGCACAAGUCCGUACUAGUUCAAAGCAGUUUCUGCCCACUUUCCUGGAACAUCAUGUCCCAACCAUAGAGGGAAUACAACACCCAGGUAGAAGUCGCCCUCAGGCACUGAUCUAGGAUCAGCUCACCCUCUUCUAAACUCUAUCAGUAAACACUAGGGAGUACAAUGCAAAAACCGACCUUAGAUCAGUGUCUUGGGGGCAACUUCAUCCUACUGUGAAUACCACAGGGCUCAGUGUCAGGACUGCAUGUGCUGGUGUGUUGUUAUGGGUCAAAUGUUAUUAUAGACAAGGGGUCCAGGGUCAGUGUUUCUGGGUGUUGAUUGGCUGCUCAGCUUCCCCGUCAGCUGAAGUGCAUUCAGAAAGUAUUUAGGGGCCUUGACUUUUUCCACAUUUUGUUACGUUACAGCCUUACUCUAAAAUGGAUUUUAAAAAAUCCCCCUCAUCAAUCUACACACAAUACCCCAUAAUGACAAAGCAAAAACAGCUUUUUAGAAAUGUUAGCAAAUGUAUUUAAAAUCUAAACUUACAUUUACAUAAGUAUUCAGACCCAUUACUCAGUACUUUGUUGAAGUACCUUUGGUAGCGAUUACAGCCUUGUGUCUUCUUGGGUAUGACGCUACAAGCUUGGCACGCCUGUAUUUGGGGAGUUUCUCCCAUUUUUCUCUGCAGAUCCUCUCAAGCUCUGUCAGGUUGGAUGGGGAGCGUCACUGCACAGCUAUUUCCAGGUCUCUGCAGAGAUGUUCGAUCGGGUUCAAGUCCGGGCUCUGGCUGGGCCACUCAAGGACAUCCAGAGACUUGUUCCGAAGCCACUCCUGUGUUGUCUUGGCUGUGUUCUUAGGGUCGUUGUCCUGUUGGAUGGUGAACCUUUGCCCCAGUCUGAGGUCCUGAGUGCUCUAGAGCAGGUUUUCAUCAAGGACCUCUCUGUACUUUGCGCCGUUCAUCUUUCACUCGAUCCUGACUAGUCUCCCUUUCCCUGCCGCUGAAAAACAACCCCAAAGCAUGAUGCUGCCACCACCAUGCUUCACCGUAGGGAUGGUGCCUGGUUUCCUCCAGACGUGACACUUGGCAUUCAGGCCAAAUAGUUCAAUCUUGGUUUCAUUAGACCAGAGAAUCUUGUUUCUCAUGGUCUGAGAGUCCUUUAGGUGCCUUUUGGCAAACUCCAAGCGGGUUGUCAUGUGCCUUUUACUGAGGAGUGGCUUCCAUCUGGCCACUCUACCAUAAAGGCCUGAUUGGUGGAGUGCUGCAGAGAUGGUUGUCCUUCUGGAAGAUUCUCCCAUCUCCACAGAGGAACUCUGGAGCUCUGUCAGAGUGACCAUCAGGUUCUUGGUCACCUCCCUGACCAAGGCCCUUCUCCCCCGAAUGCUCAGUUUGUCCAGGCAGCCAGCUCUAGGAAGAGUCUUGGUGGUUCCAAACUUCUUCCAUUUAAGAAUGAUGGAGGCCACUGUGUUCUUGGGGACCUUCAAUGCUGCAGAAUGUUUUUGGUACCCUUCCCCAGAUCUGUGUCUCGACUCAAUCCUGUCUCAGAGCUCUACAGACAAUUCCUUCGACCUCAUGGCUUGGUUUUUGCUCUGACAUGCACUGUCAACUGUGGGAGUUAUAUAGACAUGUGUGUGCCUUUCCAAAUCAUGUCCAAUCAAUUGAAUUUACCACAGGUGGACUCCAAUCAAAUUCUAGAAACAUCUCAAGGAUGAUCAAUGGAAACAGGAUGCACCUGAGCUCAAUUUCGAGUCUAAUUUUGUUAUUUUUACUUUCCGAAUGCACAGUACCUCCAGUCUGGCUUAUCAAUUACCCAGAACCCCCCUGUCGUCCAUGGGCCAAUAGAGUCAAGUCUUAUUCACUUUCUUCCUCAAAGGCGUAGACUUUGAGGAGCAGGGUUGCCGAAACUUGGUCCCCCCCCCCCUGUUUUUUUUGCCCUAGCACCACACAGCUGAUUCAAAUAAUCAAAGCUUGAUAAUGAGUUGGUUAUUUGAAUCAGCUAUGUAGUGUUAGGGCAAAAACCAAAACGUGCACCCCUUGGGGUUCUGAGGACUGAGUUUGGGAAACCCUGAUCUAGAGUAUGCCAUUUGUUGUAUGGGGCACAGGGUUGGGUAGGUUACUUUCUAAAUGUAAUCCGUUAGUUACUGGUUACUUGUCCAAAAUGGUUAAUUCUUACAUAACUUCUUAGAUAACUAAAUAGCUAUUUCUUACAUAACUUUUGGAUUAUCCAAACUCAGUAACAUAAAGUAAAUCCUUUCUGAAUUAGAAGUAAUCAUCUAGUUGUUCAAAAGUAGGCCUAUCUGUAUUCUGAUUACAAUAUUUUUGCUGGUAACGUUACAGUUACAGUUUUUUUGUAAUCCAUUACUCCCCAACCCUGUGGCGGCAAUAUAGAGGAUUAACUGUUAUCAUACAUGGUGUAAUCAAUCUAAAGCAAGGAAAAUCUUUAAUAUGAGUAUGACACAAGACGAAACCAAGCUGGUUUCAUAUCACUGCUUGUGGGUCUAUCGUAUUACAAUACAGGACAUGGUUUGUGUGUGGUGGCAUGUGUUCGUUCCAACCAUCCAUUUCUGCCUCUACUCUCAGCCAGUUUGUCCUGUGUUCUCUUCCAGAAGAUCCUGAGUGUUCCUCCGCUCGCUGCCAGUUCGGUUGCCAGAUCGACCGGGUGGGAGAGGAGCGCUGUCUGUGUGCCCCCGGCCUCCACCUGGCCGCCGACAACAGGACCUGUGAAGGUGGGCUUCCUCGGCAACCCCAUGGUAACCCCAUCACCAUGGCAACAACCCUACUCCUCCCUCCCCUCUCUAGUUCCUUCAGUUCCAAUGCUAUAUGGGAAGAAGCAAGGGGGGGCUGGGAUUGGGAAACAGCCCAGAGUUGGUCCAUUCCCUUGGCAUUACUACGGGAUAUACUGAUCAUAGCGUGCCAGUGUGUAGCUACUAGUUCUGUCUUUGGCUGCCAUUAGAGAACAGGUGGAGAGACAGGUUCCCAUAUGUACGCUACUAGAGGACAUGUUAACGACCUCCACCCAGCUACUACUAACAGCGCCUACCCACUGAGUCUGUCCACAGAACGAUAAACCCUGUAAUUACCUCAAGUGUUAAGAAAACAGACCCCAGGUCCCCGUAGCUAUACUUUACUCUUUCCCCUCUCUUCAGCCUACCUAGCGCUCAUUACUUUGAAGUCCCCUAGCUCGAUAACUGUGGUGUGGUCGUAAAGUCCUCGCAGUAGACACCUCCUGUCCUGUUAACGAGGCCCAGCCUCCAUGGUUGAUCCUGAGAGCCAUUACAGCCUCAUUCUCACACCACAGGAGAGUAGCUGUAGGAACUAACCAACCAGACCUGAGACCUCAGAGAAAUCAUAACAGUCAUAUACUGUAGGUAGUUACAGUGGAACAUGGGUAGCAUACCGGUAGCAUGGCAGGGAAAUCAAAGAAUAAGAGUCGUACUCUAGGUCCCUCAAAUUCAAAUCUGAAUUUCCAAGCCAGUUCCACUGCUUUUUUUUUAUUGUUCCCCUCUAAUCGGGGACUGAUUUAGACCUGGGACACCAGGUGGGUGUAAUUAAUUAUCAGGUCGGACAGAAAACCAGCAGUACUCUGGACCUCGUAGGGUCAGAUUUGAACACCCCUUCUCUAUGUACUGCAGCAGCCAGUCAGCAGGGCUCUCUAAACCUGUUCCUGGAGAGCUACCGUCCUGGAGGUUUCACUCCAACCCUAAUCUAACGCACCUGAUUCGAAUAAUUCGCUGGUCGAUAAGCUGAAUCAGGUUAGUUACAACUGGGGUUGGAGUGAAAACCUACAGGAGGGUAUCUCUCCAGGAACAGGGUUGGAGAGCCCUGACCUAGUGUGACAUAGGCAGCUUCACAGAAGCCUGAGAACAAAGUCCCAACCAUAGCAUCAUCCUGACAGGUGUCAUUCCCCCUAUGGGACAACUCCUCAGUGUCUGAAGUGACAUCAUAUUGUGGGAUAUACAAUAUAACUAAUUAGACUUCAUUUCAACCAUAUCUACAUUUGAAUCAAAUUAGAAUUGUGCUAGUUACAGAGUGAGAGAAGCACCUGAAAAGUAUCACAUAAGUUGUUAUUGUGUGUGAGUGUGUUGUCAUUCCUUGUUGUUGAACAACAGCGGUGUACAUUUCAAAGCACCUGUCCAAAGAACUACCAAGAUGGCCAAAGCACUCAUUUGCUCUUUCUGAUGUAUAGGUAAUGGUUGUUUUGAGCUGAGAAAACAACUGUAGGUUCUUUAAAGCACUUUGUCGUCUCCCUUUCAUAUGUUACAUCUAGUGUGUGUGUGUGUGUGCGUGUACGUGUGUGUGUGUUUAUGCAUGCUCAGGUGUUGAGUUUCUUUGGCCUUGUUGUGUUGUUUUGCAGAUGUGGACGAGUGUCGAAGGGCGUCAGAUGUUUGCCCUCCCCGGCGUACUUGCAAGAACACCUUCGGCAGCUUUGUGUGUGUGUGCAGGGAGGGCUUCGUGUUGGGGACGCUCCAGGACUCAGUGCAGUGUCGAGGUACGGACAUCCCCCAUACUGUACAGCAGGAUGUAAAGGCUCUUAGAUACCAGUAUUAAUAUUAACAGGGAAUGUAAGGCUGUUAGAUACCAGUAUUAAUAUUAACAGGGAAUGUAAGGCUCUUAGAUACCAGUAUUAAUAUUAACAGGGAAUGUAAGGCUCUUAGAUACCAGUAUUAAUAUUAACAGGGAAUGUAAGGCUCUUAGAUACCAGUAUUAAUAUUAACAGGGAAUGUUAGACUGUUAGAUACCAGUAUUAAUAUUAACAGGGAAUGUAAGGCUGUUAGAUACCAGUAUUAAUAUUAACAGAGAAUGUAAGGCUCUUAGAUACCAGUAUUAAUAUUAACAGGGAAUGUAAGGCUCUUAGAUACCAGUAUUAAUAUUAACAGGGAAUGUAAGGCUCUUAGAUACCAGUAUUAAUAUUAACAGAGAAUGUAAGGCUCUUAGAUACCAGUAUUAAUAUUAACAGGGAAUGUAAGGCUCUUAGAUACUAGUAUUAAUAUUAACAGAGAAUGUAAGGCUCUUAGAUACCAGUAUUAAUAUUAACAGGGAAUGUAAGGCUGUUAGAUACCAGUAUUAAUAUUAACAGGGAAUGUAAGGCUCUUAGAUACCAGUAUUAAUAUUAACAGGGAAUGUAAGGCUCUUAGAUACCAGUAUUAAUAUUAACAGGGAAUGUAAGGCUCUUAGAUACCAGUAUUAAUAUUAACAGAGAAUGUAAGGCUCUUAGAUACCAGUAUUAAUAUUAACAGGGAAUGUAAGGCUGUUAGAUACCAGUAUUAAUAUUAACAGGGAAUGUAAGGCUCUUAGAUACCAGUAUUAAUAUUAACAGGGAAUGUAAGGCUCUUAGAUACCAGUAUUAAUAUUAACAGGGAAUGUAAGGCUCUUAGAUACCAGUAUUAAUAUUAACAGGGAAUGUUAGAGAAGCAGGCUGUCCUCUAAGCCUUAGAUCUGUGUGUGUGUGUGUGUGUGUGUGUGCGUUCGGGCAAGUGUGUGCGUGUGACUAUACCCACUUCAUGACAUUAAUAUAAUUCCUUCCUUCAGCAUCUCUCAGCAGAUCGCCAUGUGUCUCGUAAAAGAUGCUUCGGUAGUGGUGGUACUAUGUGUGUGUGUGUGUGUGUGUGUGUGUGUGUGUGUGUGUGUGUGUGUGUGUGUGUGUGUGUGUGUGUGUGUGUGUGUGUGUGUGUGUGUGUGUGUGUGUGUGUGUGUGUGUGUGUGUGUGUGUGUGUGUGUGUGUGUGUGUGUGUGUGUGUGUGCGUGCGUGUGGGUGUGUGUAAGCCACAGACCCACUUUUCUCAGUGUCAGUUCUGUUUAAAUGAAUUACUACCUCACAGCAUGCCCUCACAUGUUCCUCUCAUUUAGCCUACGUUUCAUUGUCAAACAGACCGAUCAUCUGUAGAUGAGCUUUGGCCGCAGCAACCCAGUGAGAGCCUGAAUGUAUUUCUCUAGCUUGCCUUCCCCGCUCACUCAGCUGUGGUAGCUGUUAUUGUUUAUGCUUCCUUGGCGAACAUUGCAACACCUAUUUCCUGGAGCUUUGAAACAGACUAGUCGUAACUCAACAACCCCUUGACUUCACACUCAGUGAGUCGCAGGCAGGGGCCAAGUCAAGUCAUGACUUCCUGCUGGCUCUCUCUGUGUGCUGGUUGGCCGAUAAUGUCUUCACCUCAGAGCCUGUGAAAAGGUGGAAAAGCUAUCCAGUAAUACUCAAAACAAGCAUGGGUCUUACUGUAAAACUACAUGGGUUUGGUCUCUGCUUUUCAGCUUGGUUUGGGUCUGCCAAAUUCAGAGCCCACAGGCAAAGGAGAAGUAACACUGAAACACAGUCAGACUUGCUAAUACAACAGACCACCUGUUUUUGUUGAACGUGAUGAGUAGCAUUGUGAUCAGGGCCAAGUAAACACAAAGAGAGAGAUACAGAAGAGAGAGAGAAGAGAGAGGAGAGCGAGAGAGAGUAGGAGAGAGAGAGGAGAGAGAGAAGAGAGAGAGAUAUCGGAGAGAGGACGAGACGAAGAGAGAGGAGCAGAGAGGAGAGAAGCGAAGAGGAGAGAAUCGAGACGAGAGAGGAUCGUCUCAGGAGGAGCUCUCCCACCCGAGGGGAGAGAUCUCCUAUUCUCUUCUUCUAGACCUCGUCGAUCUCAGAGGAGAGGAGAGAAGAGAAUCCCUUCUCUUCUCCUCUCUCUCUCGAGAGAGAGAAGAGAAGAGGAGAGAGCGCGAGAGAGAGAGGAAAAAGAGGAGAAAGAAUCUCGCGAGAGGAGAGUAGAAGAGAGGAGAGAGAAGAGAAGUAAACACAAAGCUGACUUUGACACAGAUGCUGUCUGGUACUGUAGAUUAGAACAUCUGGAAAACAUUCUACAAACAUCCACACGUGUCUCAGUGUUAGAUUCAAUGGAGAAUUUACUGAUUUGAAUUCAGAUCUGUUGAUACUUUAGAUAUGGUUGUUUCAGUUAUGAUGGGACUGACAAAAUAAUACUUAUAUAUUGAUGUUAAUACUCUUAGCUUUAUUGCCUGGUGCUGAUAAUCAUCCCUUUCUCAUCAUUUCAUCGUAUCCUUCUCUCUUUCCCCAGAUAAGGACGAGUGUCUGGACAGUACUCAUCUGUGUAGCCGUCAUUCCCAGUGUUUCAACACCGCUGGUUCCUACACUUGUCAGUGUCUGGAGGACUACUCUGGGGACGGCCACACGUGCUGGCCCCGGAGAGCCUCUCACUCCAAGACCUCCAUGUACUACCAGUACAAACUCUCCAAAAGGACCAGGCCCAUACAACAACCGCAACAAACGCAGCUCUGA